AUGAGCCCCAGAGAAGAUGUCCAUCAUCCUGUCACUAUGCAGUGCUAUUCAAAUACCAAGAUGUUAUCAACUUCCAUUAUCACCUCCUCACCUUCCUCAUCAUCCUCAUCCUCAUCCACAUCCGAUACCUUUGUCUCUUCCCAUCCCUCUUCCACAACCUUUGUCUCGUCUGGUAUCUAUGACUCCUCCGAGUCUAACUCUCUUUCAUUCUCACGUGAAUCAAUGACAGUGCACACCAGCGAGGGAGUCACAUCACCUCUCCACAGCAUGGAUCCUCUACGACAGGAGACCGCGGAGAUGGAGAUACUGGGUGGAAUUGCCCAGCUGGCGGCAAUGAUAGACCGCAAAGACGACCUGGAUGACAAGCACAACGAAGAGCGGGACAGACUUGCCUCAGGGAUUGAAGACACCAAGGUACUACUUGGGUUGCAUCUCUGUCGUAUCGAGGAUGAGCUCACGAGACAGGUCCUCCUCGAGACCUUCUUGCUUCAUCUUGGACCGACAGAUGCACCGUGGAUGCUCGCUCCACUUCUCGCACGUCUUGCCAGGGGCAUUUGA